AUGCCAGGCGUCACCGUGGAUUUGACAAUGUCCACUGUGCUGCAUAGCGACAACAGAUUCGCCUACAUUCGUGCCGAAAUAUGCCGAAAAACGGACAAUUUGUUGAUCGCUUAUGGACAGCAUACUAAGGCAUUAAUCACUAAGCGCCACAGCAUUUGUCAUUGCUGUCAUUCUAAAAACCGUUGUACAGAGCCAGAAUGUAGGGGACCACGCUGUCCACGAAGAUUAAAUAUCACGUGA